UGGCGCUUCCAAUCACUAGACUUCACUGCUAGUGAUAACCUGGUCAGCAUUGGUGUACCGUACGUGCCCACACGAGGGUAGACAACUAGACAAGGGCCCUCGCGUAGAUCAAUAGUAUUGCAACCUAUGCUAGGUGACGCCUUGGUAGCUAAACAAGGAAGCAUUUAGCAGGAGUAAUCAGGAAACCCUUGACCCAUGCAGCAGCCAAGACUGCUACCGGGCAGCAGACCCACGGGUCCGCGGGCCCCUGGCGGCCCCCUAGCAACACCCGGACUGGCGCCCGGGGCGUCCGCCACCACGAUGCGGAGCCGGCUGCCGUACAACACCAACACCACCACCAGCAACAACAGCAACACGGCUCUCGCUCCCGCAGGCGGCUUGUCGCUGCGCUGGCGGGGCGCUGGCAUCAGCUUGCAAGCUGCCACUCGGGGCGGCCGCACCGCUCCCCAGAACCCCGCAGGACCCGGCAAGUCCGGUAAGACAGGCGGUGCCAACCCCGUCCCCAACCCCACCACCAGCACCAGCUCCUCUCCCUCCUCUCCCGCCGCUGCAGCCGCCGCCUCCGCCCCCAGUGCCCCCGCGGCCAAGCAGCCCUCACCAGCAACCCAGGGCCGGGCUGGCAGCAGCAGCAGCACUAACACCAAGGGCAGCAGCAGCGGUGGUAGCAGCAGCAGUGGCGGUGGUAGCAGCAGCAGCCCGGUGACACUGGACAAGGCCAUGGCUGCCAAGAUCCACGCAGCUCGGGAGCUGGCUAGGCGGCUGGCGGAGGAGAAGCAGGCGGCCAGUGCGGCGGCAAGCAAGGGGCAGGACGUGGAGGGCGGCAAGCGCGCCGCCGAGGUGGCUAGUGCGGAGGCCGCCGCGCAGGCCGCCCGCGCCGACGCACUGCUGCGGGCGUUACGUCGCGCGGAGGGUCAGCGCGACACGCUUCAGCGACUGCGCGCUGAGAACGAGGCGCUGCGGGAGCUGCUGGUGGAGGUGGCGGUGGACAAGGAGGCGGCGCGGAGGAGGAUGCAGCAGGUGUUGGACAGCCUAGGCGAUCAGGCCCUCGUAGAGCGCACCCGCGCAGCACUGGCCGCGGCGGCAGCCGGGGCAACAGCCCUAGCCGCCCCCAGCACCCUGCCGCCGCUGCCGGUGCCGCCUAUGGGCACCGCUGCGCCAGUCACCGGCGCGCCUACUGCUGGUGCGGGUGCGGGUGCUGCUGGUGGUAUCAAUGUGCUGCCCCCCGGGUUGGAUGACGCGGCUGUUGCUGCGGCGGUGGAGGCGGGGCUGGUGGCGGCGAGUGCGGUGGUGGCGGAGGGCAUCAUGGAGCAGCAGGCUGCCCCUCCGGUGCUGCUUGACGAGGCGCUGGCAGCGGAGGUGCGCUCGCUGCUGCAGCAGCAGGAACCCCCCGCCGAGGAGGCCAUCAAGCACGCCGCCAAGUGGGCCGCGGAGCACCUCCCCGCCGCCACCCCCGCACCCGCCCCCUCCCCCGCCGCUACCGCUGCCGUACAGCAGCUCCAUCGCGCCAUUGAAGCAGCGCCGCCACCAGCACCGCCCGCAGUAGCAGCAGCUGUGGAGGCGGCCCCGGCCCCUGCUGCGGAGGCGGUUGCUGCUGCCCCAGCUGCCCCUGCGGCGCCUCCUCCGGCUGUCGCCCCCCCUGUGGUUGCACCCCCUCCUCCUACCCCUCCUGCUCCUCCCGUGGUUCCGGAGCCCUCCCUGGCGCAGCUCCAGUCGCUGGCGGCGCGUGCGGCGGCCGCGGGGCACUCGGUGUUCACCUGGCCCGAGGAGGGCGGUCUGGUGGGCCACCCGGUGCGCAUCUUCUACAACCGGACCCGGGGGCCGCUGCCGCCGCCCCCCGCCGGCUCCGGUCGCGGGCUGCAACUGAAGGCGGGUCUGAACAAGUGGGAGGAGAUCUGCACGGUGGACAUGAAGCGGGCGACGGGGCUGCAGUCCGGCGGCGGUCAGGAGUGGUGGGUGGCGGAGCUGUCACUGCCCUCGCAGCUCUUCCAGCUGGACUUUGUGGUGCAGGACAGCUCCCCCGCCGGCGGGGGCGCGGUGGACAACAACGGCUGGCGGGACUUCCGGCUGACGCUGCAGGCGGGGGCGCCCAGCGAGGACGAGGUGGCGGCGGCGAGGGCGGAGGCAUACCGGAGGUUCGAUGAGGAGAGGCGCAAGCUGAUUGAGGAGGAGGAGCGGCGGCUGUGGCGGUUGGUGGAGAGCAGGGCGCUGGACGCGGCGGCGGAGGCGCGCGUGGAGUUCCGCCGCAGGAGGGAGGCGGAGCUGCUGGCGGCGGCAAAGCAGGUCGUCGCGGACCGGCGGCGCCCCGAGAUCACCGCCGUACCCGCCGCCCCCUCCCGCCCUGGCGUCUACUCCUGGUGCGGCGGCCCCCCUCGCGCCGGCCAGCGCGCCUUCCUCGCCUACAACAAGGUGCACGGCAGCGGCGGCGGCGGCCUGCCGCACGCGGCUGUCGUACGGGUUCACAUGGGGUACGACGGUUGGUGGAACAAGAUGGCAACGGUCACGGAUCUGGCGCCGCUGACGUCAUCAGAGGAGCUGGCGAGGCAUGGGCUGAGUGGCGCGGGGGGGAUGCAGUGGUACGGCGCGUGGAUCGAUGUGCCGUACAGCGCUGCGGUACUGAACUUUGUGUUUUCGGAUCGCGAGCAGCGCAACUGGGACAACAACGGCACGCGGGACUACCACACGCUAGUGGCGGACCCCCACAGCGGCGACCAGCUGGUGGGGCUGCUGCACGCCGCCAUGCAGCGGGACGCGGCGGCGGCGGACAAGGAGGUCGAGGACCGCGCGGCGCUGCGGGCGGUGCGCAAAGUGGAGGCCAAGGGCCUGACCCUGCGCAAGCGCCGCGAGGUGGUGCACGAGUUUCUAUACACCGUGCCACUCACCCCCCGCGCCGGCGCCCCCCUCCACGUCUACUACCGCCCCGAGGCCACCAUGCUGAGGGGCCGACCCGAGAUCUGGCUGCGGGCGGGCUGGAACCGACUGGGCGCCGCGGCUUGCAACGCGGCGGGCGGGGCGCUGCGACCGCUGACGGCGAAGCUGGAGCCGUGCCUGCCGGGCGGGCUGGGCUUCUACAAGGCGACUGUGCAGGUCCCCUCCGAGGCCUGGGGUGUGGACCUGUCCUUCAGCGACUCCGAGGCCGCCCCCAGCGGCAGCGCGGCGGCAGGGGGCUUCGAGGACGACAAUGGCGGACUGGAUUACCACAUUCCAGUGGAGGGGGGAACCACCCCCCGCCCCAGCCUGGAUAUCGUCCACGUGGCGGUUGAGAUGGCCCCCAUCGCCAAGGUGGGCGGCAUGGGCGAUGUGGUGACGGCGCUGGGGCGGGCGGUGCAGGAGGCGGGACACCGGGUCAGCGUCAUCGUGCCCAAGUAUGACGUCAUCAACUACAAGCUGGUUGACGACCUGGUUCAGGAGGGCGGCUUCAACUGGGGCGGCACGCACGUGCGCGUGUGGCGCGGGGCAGUGGAGGGGCUGGCCACCACCUUCCUGGAGCCGGAGAACGGCAUGUUCUGGGCGGGGUGCAUCUACGGCAGGAACGAUGACGCGCAGAGGUUCGCUUUCUUCUGCGGCGCCGCGGCGCACUACCUGCACCUCUCCGGCCGCCGACCGCACAUCCUGCACUGCCACGACUGGCAGUCCGCGCCCAUCGCAUGGGCCGGCGAGCGGGGGGCGGCCAAGGCAGUGUUCACCAUACACAACCUGUCGUACGGCGCGGACCUGAUUGGACGAGCCAUGCAGAGCUGCGACGUGGCGACCACCGUGUCACCCACGUAUGCACGGGAGAUUGCGGGUCACCCCUCCGUGGCGGCGCACCUCAACAAGCUGUACGGCGUGCUGAACGGCAUUGACCAGGACAUCUGGGACCCCUCGGAGGACCCCUGCCUGCCGCUCCACUACUCGCCCGACACCGCGGCGGCCGGCAAGGAGGCGGCGCGGCGGGCGCUGCGGCAGCGCCUCAAUCUGGCGCACGCGGACGUGCCGGUGGUGGGCUGUGUGACGCGGUUGGUGGCGCAAAAGGGUAUCCACCUGAUCAAGCACGCCGCCUGGCGCACCCUAGAGCGGGGCGGGCAGUUCGUGCUGCUGGGCUCGGCGCCGGACAGCAGGGUGCAGGGUGAGUUCAACGCGCUGCGCGACCAGCUGGCUCGCGCCUACCCCGACCGCGCCGCCCUGGUGUUCACGUACGACGAGCCGCUGAGCCACCUGAUCUACGCGGGCAGCGACAUGUUCCUGGUGCCGUCCAUGUUCGAACCAUGCGGGCUGACGCAGAUGAUCGCCAUGCGCUACGGCACCAUCCCCGUGGUGCGCAAAACGGGUGGGCUGGUGGACACCGUGUUCGAUGUGGACCACGAUGAGGAGCGGGCUGGGGCCAUGGGCAUGGAGACCAACGGCUUCAGCUUCGAGGGCACUGACUUCGCGGGAAUGGACUACGCACUCAACCGUGCGCUGUCCGCUUGGUACUCGGACAAGCAGCUGUGGCACAGCCUGAGGAGGCGGGCCAUGAUGCAGGACUGGAGCUGGAACAGCCCCGCACUGGACUACCUGGAGCUCUACCACAAGGCGCUCAAGUCGUGAGGGGGAGAGGGGUGGGAAGGGGGGGGCAGGAGAGAGGGGAGGGGAGGGGAGGACUGGGCUGGGGGGCAGGGCAGGGGAAAGAAGGAGAAGGGAAGCAGAAGCGGAUAAGCAGGAGUGGCGAUGCAGGGUACAAGAAAGCAGCUGUGUAAGGUGGCGAUGGUGAAAGCCAGAGAGGACCAAAGCGAGGGGGGGAGUAAGGUGAGACCUGCGACUUUUGUGGUUAUGGGGGCUGGGGCUAGCAGCAGGGGUUGAGGGGCCGCCGGUGUGACGAGCUUCGACGCCCUCCUGAACGUGCAAGGAAGGCACCGUACAGACGUCCGGGGGCUUUUGAUCUUACAUGCCAACGGUCUCCUUCCAGUAUUGGCGGCAAGGGGCAAUUCCUGACGCGUUGCAAGUUUUGCUUCGCGGGUGACAACCGAACGACCGAGUGCCAUAUUUUAAGACAGGUUGCUGAGGCAAGGCAUGGCAAUGCUGUUGCGAGACUCUCUCAACAAGUAUCUGUGUACUGGUAUCAAGCGCGCGGAAUGCGGGCGCUUACUCGGAAGCAAUAGCGAGGCCGUGUGUCGUACGUCCUGGGGUGAGUGCGAGUAGAGCGGUCGCGGUUGUCGUAGAGGCCCCUGUUUGUGUGCUUUGUGACCCAUAAGUCGUAGCCACCCCUUUGAUGGUGCUCCGUGUGGUGCUGGCGAACAAAUGCGGAAUUGCCUAAGCCCGCUUUGUCUGUGUGUUCAUCCAUAAAAGGAGGAGGGGGGGACUCUGAGGCGGUUCGCGGGCAGUGCAGAAGCAGGGGUAAGGUGAGGAGUGCUUGCGGAAUGUUGGCAGUACCCCGCAGUGUAGGCGCGGAGCAAUCAAUAGUCACUACACGCACUGUUUGGCAGCGUGUUUACGGCGGGUUGCCGCAUCGUAAUGUCGGGGUACGGGAGCGUCUGUCUCGAGGACUCAUGGAAUGUGCUUUGUGCCCGGACAAAUAAGCAGAAGAAGAAUUGGAGGGAGCAAUGCAACAUGCAAGUAGAUGGCUGGAUGAGGAGGUGCAUGGUGCUGUUGGAUGCAAGCCCGUUUAUUGGGUUAAUUAGGCGUGGCUUUGACGUCUUCUGUGUAGCUGGCGUGUUAAAGGCCCUGCACAUGGCAUGAGUGUGUGUUUUGGGAUGUACGAAUGUUCGUUGUGUACGGGGGCUGGCUGCCGGCGUUAGCACGUGGCAAGUUUGCUGUUGAAGAGGACUGGCCGCGAGUAGCAAGCAACUGGCCACAUGUUUGUGCGUUUGUUGGGUGCCAGGUUGUGGCAUUUGCCGUAUGUGCACGUGUGCUUGCAUGGAUGCAAGGCAUGCAGGAUUUCGCGGGUUGAAGAAGAGGCGCUGCAUGCGGCUUGUGAAGGAGGUGGUGUGCACAUGGCAUGGUGCAGGAUGGCGCAAGCAGCUUUGCAGGCGGUGUACCGGUAUGUGUGUCGAACUGUAUGUGUUUCUGGCAGCCACUGCUGCUUAGUGUUGAUGAGGCAAGAGGUGGCCCAUUGUACGGAUGGCAUGUAAAAGUGCGGCAAGCCAAA